GCGAACUAUACACCUAACCAAAAUGACGAGAUUCGUCGGGAUUAUCGUGGUGCUAAGCGCUUUGGUGGCCGUCUCCUUGGCUGCAUCUCUGGACAUGUCCGAGAUUCACAACCAGCGGCAGUUUGUUGGAGGCUCGGAGACAGUCUCAAAGACCCGUGAAUCAAACCUCAUCGAUCCCAAUGCCAUGGGCAAGGGCAAGACCGGACCCGAGGAGGAGAAGAACGCCCAGUUCUGGUAUGACCUGGCCCACGAGGAGAUUGCCAGGAAACUAGAGCAGCCGCAAGUCGAUAAGAGGAAGGCCAAGAACAUAAUCAUGUUCCUCGGUGAUGGCAUGUCCUUGUCCACAGUGGCCGCUGCCCGUAUUCAUAAAGGUCAGCUAAAGGGCAACCCAGGCGAGGAGGACUCUCUUAGUUUCGAAAAGUUUCCGUACACCGGUCUGAGCAGGACCUACUGCUCAAACGCCCAGGUGCCCGACUCCGCCUGCACGGCCACCGCCUAUCUUUGCGGCGUCAAGACCAACAUUGUGGCCCUUGGAGUUACUGCCGCUGUUAACUUUAACAACUGCAGUGGCAGCGAGGAUCCCGCCAACCGCCUGACCUCUAUUGCUGAGUGGGCUCAGAAUGCUGGCAAAUCCACAGGUAUUGUGACUACUACCACUUUGACCCAUGCCAGUCCUUCGGGUGCCUAUGCCAAGACGACCAAUCGAUUCUUUGAGAGCGACACGGACAUUGUGACCUACGGCGAGGGACAGAACGAUCCGGCUACCUGCACGGAUAUCGCCACUCAGCUGAUCACUCAGACUCCCGGCAAGAACUUCGAUGUGAUGCUGGGCGGCGGCAUUGGCAAGUUCCUGCCCAACACCAUCACGGAUCCGUUCAACAAGAAGGGCGAGCGCUCCGACGGCGUGAACCUGCUGUCCCGCUGGCAGGGCAUGCAUCCCGGCGGUGUUCUGGCCUAUAACCGCGACCAGCUGCUGAGCGUGAACGCCUCGAAGAUCACCAACUUGAUCGGUACCUUCCGCUCGGGCGUAAUGAGCUUCCACAAAAUGGCCGACGCCAAGGAAGAGCCCACUCUGAAGGAGAUGACUCGCAAGGCCAUCGAGAUGGUUAGCAAGAACCCCAGCGGUUAUUUCCUGUUCGUCGAGGGCGGCCUCAUCGACUACGGAAACCAUUAUAACUCCCCGACCUAUUCGCUGGACGAAACUCUGCAGUUCGAGGAGGCGAUCCAGGAGGCUGUUGGCAUGACCAACCCAGAGGAGACCCUGAUCGUGGUUACUUCCGACCACGCCCAUCCGUUGACCAUCUCUGGUUAUCCCGGCAGGGGCACGCCCAUUCUGGGACUCAACCAGGACGACACUGAUGUGAACGGGGUCAAGUACGCCACUCUGAACUACGCUGUGGGUCUGGAACAGUACCUGGACGAGAAUGGCCAGCGUUACGAUCUCUCUGAUAAAAUUGGAAAGGAGGACUUUAUUCAUCCCAGCUACAUUCGUGGCGUUAUCGGCGUACAUGCUGGCGACGAUGUGGGUGUCUUUGCCACCGGCCCUCAGAGCCAUCUCUUCAGCGGAGUUGUCCAGCAGAGCACCAUUCCCCACAUGAUGGCCUAUGCAGGCUGCAUUGGCGAUGGCCCCACUCUAUGCAACACUCAGGAAUAGUCAGACGUGUUCCAUUCGUCAGAAUGGUUCUAAAAUAUAGAGUAU